AUGGCUCGGCUCCUGGCCCUCACCUUCGGUUGCAUCAGCCUCCUGCACCUGCAGCUGCCUGGCGCGCUGACCCGCGGCCUGGGGGGGCGCCCGCGCCCCGCCCGACCCAGGGAACCCCUGGCCCGGAUCCCCUCCAGCGGCCCACAUCACCGGCACCCCACCCCCCAGCCUGUGGUGGAGAAGCUUCACCUGGCCCUCCAGUCACCGAAGGGCGCCAGCCUGGACCCUGCCAUGGGCCAACCUCUGCAGCACCCCAGUGGCCAUCCCACAGACCGCCGCCCCUCAGGCCGCCGCCACCCAGGCCCCCGCAGAGCCGGAGCCCGGCUCCUGAGAGUGGGCUGCAUGCUGGGGACCUGCCAGGUGGAGAACCUCAGCCACCGCCUGUGGCAGCUUGUGGGGCAGGCUGGCCAGCGGGACUUGGUCCCGGUAGACCCCAGGAGCCCCCACAGCUAUGGCUGA